CACGUAUGAAUACAAGAAGUAUGACUACUAAUUCAACGGGUACGAACACUUUUUCAAUGAAUAAUCACCAAAGUGAACUAUUGGUGCGUCCAAAUAGAUAUGACGAAUCCGAGUCUAUCGAAACAUUCAUGGAAGAAUUUGAGAGGGUGGCGAUCUUUCCUGCUCUAUUGAAAUCCAGCUGUGUCUGGAUAGAGACAAUCAAGAAUUUAUCAGCUAUUGAAAGAUCAUCGUUUGAGCAGAUCAAAUUGGCUAUUGAAAAUGAUAAUAAAGGCAAACGCCUUAAAAACAUGCAAGAAUUGGCCAAUAUCAAACGUAAAUCAAAUGAAUCUCUCCCGAAGCUUGCGACCCGUUUACACAUUCUAGUUGAUCGAGUGUUUGGCAAAUUUGCAGCCUCAAACAAAAUGCAACUCGAAAUAUUUUUCUUCUUGAACUGCCUACCGCUUGAUAUACAAAUAUUAUUGUGUAAUCCAGAUAUUCCAAAAUCUAUUAAGGAUGCAGUCAAUGCGGCUGAAGGUUUAGAAGCGGCUAAAAGCAUUUCUAAUCUCCGAUUUGAAAAAAAUAAAAUUGGUAUUGCUUCAACAUCUAAAUCUCUUGGCGAUAAAGAUAGUAAAUUUUGUACUUUUUGCAAAAGAACUAAUCAUAAUGUGGAUAAAUGUUAUAAAAAGAAAUCCGCAGAGAAGAAAGAAAAAAAGAAAAAAGAAGCUGAAAAAGAAGUAAAUUCAUUGAAUAAAUCUACUAUUUCAAAAUGUCAUUUCAUUCCUAUUUCGUUCAAUAAUGUUGUGUCCCAAGCAAUGUUAAUUGCUACAACGCUUCCUAAUAGUGGAGUUGGUGGCCAACCGCUAAAUGUGAAGGGCGAAUCAACAAUCGGAUUUUUCUAA